AUUCAAAGUUUUUCAAUUAAUUGGAGAAGGAUUUCCAAUAAGUUCUUGUUCUAGAUUUCUGUUUUCUGUUUAUCGAGAUCUGUAACCAAUAACUUCAUCGUGGACCGUGAUAAAAAACCUAUAUUUUGUUUUGAUUUUAAAAAUGUGUGAUUUAUUCUCUUCUUAUUUAUUAGAUGAAAGAUGUGUGUCUGAAGUAGCAGGCCUUCACGACUGUCGGACUUGUGGAGACAUGGAUGGAGUUUUGUUUGAAAGACAAGCUCCAAAAACAAGAUCAACGACUUCACAAAGAGAAAUUCUCCCACUCCAUGAAAGAGGUAGAACUACCAAUAUCCCAAUGAAUACAAGUGUUGGGGAUGAAAAUCAUAUGAACCCAUCCGUACAACAAGCUACUCCGGUACUUCGUGGGAAAACAAAAUGUCAAAACUGGAAGAGAAAAAGGGAUAUCAUUCCGAACAAAGUUGAGAUUGAAAUCCCACCUGAGCUUAAUCGUGUUGUUGGGAUGAACAGCACUCAAUUUAAUAGUGAAGCGAGUUAUUUGAUGAAACAAUGCAUGCCUUUGGAUGUAGAGAAUGGGGGUCAUAUACAUCCCGAUAAAAAAUGGAAGUAUUUCAUGAAAUUAAAGGAAUUAUUUAAAUUGCCUGAAGGGAGUCAUGUAGAAAAAACAAUCAAAAGGCGAGCAAACACCUGGUAUAGAAAGUGGCGUUACGAUUUGAGAAUAAAAGCCUAUUCUGAUCAUCCAGCAGUCGCUGGUCGUCUUGCUAAUUGUCCUAGUGAAGUAUAUCCUGAAGAAUGGAAAUGGUUGGUGAGUUACUGGGAUAGUGAAAAGUUUAGGCGACACAGUGAGACAAACAAAAACAAUCAGAAGUCUCAAACAAUGUUGUCUAAAGUUGGUACAAAAUCAAUUGCAAGCUCCUUCUACGAUAUGCUACAAGCAAAGAAAGCAGAUUCAGAUGAGUGUGAUGAAGAGAAUCUAUCAGAAACUGAAGAAGUGGAAGAGGAACCAUACUAUAUGGCCCUAUGGGAAAUUACUAAGAAACAAAAAAAUGGUACUUGGUCGGAUGAGUAUGCAGAGAAAGCAGAUGAUGAUCUCAAAGCAUUGCAUCAGGAAAAACUAGAUAAAUAUGGAGAAGAUAAUCUCACUCCACAAGAGACUUUUGAGAUUGUCCUUAAACAUAAAAAAGGGUCAAAUCAUCAAAGGGGCAUGGGACAAGAAGUGUUGUCAUUUCAUUCUUAUGUGAAAAAAGAUAUUACAAAGGUUCUUGAGCAAGAGAGGAUUGAUACUGAACUGAAUAAAAGAGUGUCUGAAAUUAAUGAAACUUAUGAAGCUCGUAUCCGUGCCCUAGAGGAGAGAUUGGCUUCUUUACCACGUUCAGAGGGCAUCAAGUAAUUCAUCUCAACAUGUUCAUUUCACUUCCAAGGAGCAUAGCCCCCUUGAAUGAUACAAGAUCAAGGGUCUAUAUGAGAGAUGUCAUUCAGUUUCCAUGACUUUGGGUGG